AAUCCCUCUGUACCGAGACGCUCGCGCUUCAUUUCUCCUGUAGGCUACACUGUGAAGGAUGAAUUGCUUUCCUCUCCAAUGCAAUGUAUUUUACUCUAGGACUCGCUUCUUUCCAAAACUCAAUGAAGACGGAUAUGGCUCUACAACUAACAUGUGGUUUGAUUUAAGUUUUUAAUGGUCGAGAAUAUACUUGAGAUAUUUCACCAAAAGAGCUUGAAACGUGCACAUUUAAAGAGAUGAUGGCAUCAAUAGGGGAGUUCGAUCCGCUGAACAACAUCGUUCCUGCAACUAAAAUUGAAGUAACCGUGUCAUGCAGGGAUCUUCUGGACGUGGACAAAUUUUCCAAGUCUGAUCCUGUGGUUGUGCUGUAUGUUCAGGGUAUCGGGACCAAAGAGUGGAUGGAGUUUGGCAGAACAGAGGUGAUUGACAACACGCUGAAUCCAAAUUUUGUGCGGAAGUUUUUCCUGGACUUCUUCUUUGAAGAGAAGCAGAACCUCCGCUUUGAUGUAUACAAUGUGGACUCCAGAAGUUCAAAUAUUUCAAAAUUUGUAAGCUCUCUGCACCAGGACUUCCUGGGUCAGACCUUCUGCACUCUGGGGGAGAUCAUUGGCUCCACGGGCGGACGGCUGGAGAAGAGCCUCUCUGGGAUUCCUGGGAAGAAGUUGGGGGCCAUUAUCUUUGCGGCGGAGGAGCUCAGUAACUGUAGGGACAUUGCUACCAUGCAGCUGUGUGCCAACAAGCUGGACAAGAAGGACUUUUUUGGGAAGUCUGACCCCUUCCUGGUCUUCUACCGAAGUAACGAAGAUGGAACGUUCACUAUCUGUCAUAAGACGGAGGUGGUUAAGAACACCCUGAACCCUGUUUGGCAGCCCUUCACCAUCGCAGUGAGGGCCCUGUGUAACGGGGACUAUGACAGAACGGUUAAAGUGGAUGUCUAUGACUGGGACAGAGAUGGAAGCCAUGAUUUCAUCGGUGAGUUCACCACAAGUUACAGAGAUUUCUCGCGUGGACAAAACCAGUUUAAUGUCUAUGAGGUUCUAAAUCCAAAAAAGAAGGGCAGGAAAAAGAAAUACAUCAACUCCGGCACAGUAACACUGCUGUCCUUCAAAGUGGAGUCAGAGUAUACGUUUGUGGAUUUCAUCCGAGGCGGGACACAACUCAACUUCACAGUAGCCAUCGACUUCACUGCUUCUAAUGGUAAUCCGUCUCAGCCCACUUCCCUCCACUACAUGAACCCGUACCAGAUGAACGCCUACGCCAUGGCACUCAAAGCUGUGGGGGAGAUCAUCCAGGACUACGACAGUGACAAGCUUUUCCCAGCCUAUGGCUUCGGAGCCAAGCUGCCCCCCGACGGAAAGAUCUCCCACGCCUUCCCUCUGAGUGGUGACAAUGAAACCCCAAACUGUGUGGGGAUAGAGGGAGUGCUGGAGGCGUACUUCCAGAGCCUCAGGACGGUCCAACUCUAUGGACCCACCAACUUCUCUCCAGUCAUCAACCAGGUGGCACGGUCUGCACAGGAUGUGACAGAUGGCUCUCAGUACUUUGUGUUGUUGAUGAUCACAGACGGAGUUAUCUCUGACAUGGUGCAGACCAAGGAGGCUGUGGUCAACGCAGCUGCUCUCCCCAUGUCCAUCAUCAUCGUAGGGGUUGGACCUGCAAAGUUUGACGCCAUGGAGGAGCUGGAUGGAGAUGAGGUCAGAGUGUCCUCCAGAGGGCACUUUGCUGAAAGAGACAUUGUGCAGUUUGUUCCUUUCCGGGACUACAUGGACCAGUCAGGGAACCAGGUCCUGAGCAUGGCCCGGCUGGCCAAAGACGUGCUGGCUGAGAUCCCCGAGCAGCUUCUGGGCUUCAUGAAGACCAGAGGCAUUGAGCCCCGGCCUGCUCUCUCCUCAUCAGAGCUGCCCAAGCUCCACAGGCAUAUCUGACACCUAUCACUGUAGUGGGACAGCACCUCUCAACACCCUAACUGGGUCUACACACAUUUGUUGUGCACAUACACAUACACUUGACAUCUCUCUCAUCUCUCCAAACCAUAUGCCAUCUCAUUGCAAGUUGGUGGCCCCUCCCUAGCACAUGCUGUAGCUAAACACAGUACAGUACAUACACACAUAGAAUGAGUCUAUGUAUACAUUGUGUAUUUGAACACAUAGGGGUGAGUAGAUAUAGCACCCAAUGCAAUACCCACAAGCACAGUGACUUCUGAAGAGAAGGAAUAAAUAUAACUUACUAUGCCAUGAUGUGACACAAUACAAAGUUCAUAUGCAGAAGGGGGAGUUACAGACUGUGAAAGUUACUGAUGUAGAAUAUACAUAUCUAAGAAACUGAGAAACAAAAAGACUAUUAGAUUUUCACUUUCAGCUUCUGGAGUGUGUAUAUAUAUACAGUAUAUGCAAAGCAGCUUAGCCAUCAACUGAAGAUAAAACACAUAAACAACUUGACAUAUUGCUUUCAGUCCAUACCUCCAAACCCACACCCUCUUACAUGAGGUUACUCUUUUUAUACACAUAAAUCUGCUUGAAUUACGGUAUCCACUGGAAUGACAGGAAGAAAUGCUCUCAUGUAACAAUAUGUUUCGUUUAUGUUGACUUUCUACUUCAUGCAGAUGUUGGAUCUUAAUUUGAUCACUCUUUUGUCGCAGAAAAUGUUCCUGCAUAUCAGGACAUUCAAAUGAGCCUUGUGAUUUAGAUAUGUUCACUGAAAACCCACAGUUGUCUUUCUUUCGCCACGUGGGGGUAGUCAAAUCAUUCUGACAAUAGCCAGCUAUCAAAAUCAUCAUCCCUCACUCACUCAAAAGCUAAAAGCACCAGACAGAAUAUGAAUAAAUGUCCUACUGCUACUGUAGGCCUAUAAGUCCUAUUACCGCAAAAUUCAAAUGUAUCCAUACACAUCAACAACCAUCAUCUUAUAUAGCUUAAUAACACAACAUAGAUAUUGGUCUCCACUAUCACUUACACUUAAGUCAUUUAGCAGACGCUCUUAUCCAGAGCGACUUACAAAUUGGUGCAUUCACCUUAUGACAUCCAGUGGAACAGCCACUUUACAAUAGUGCAUCUAAAUCUUUUAAGGGGGGGGGGGGGGUUAGAAGGAUUACUUUAUCCUAUCCUAGGUAUUCCUUGAAGAGGUGGGGUUUCAGGUGUCUCCGGAAGGUGGUGAUUGACUCCGCUGUCCUGGCGUCGUGGACAGCGGAGUCAAUCACCACCUUCCGGAGACACCUGAAACCCCACUAUGACACAAGUGUAUCCGAAUUGUGUCCGUACUUUAGGCUACACCUAAACUAUAGCUUACUGUAGCCUAUCAAAAGUAAUUGCACACACAGGCCUAUAAUAUCAGAUGUAAAGACAAGAUGAAAUUGAGAAUAGUGAGGUAGCCUACGAAACGGAGUGCAAUGGUGCUUGAAAGAGACCGACUGAUUUUAAAAACCAAAAAGACACACAAAAAACACAGCCCAUGAUUUUUCUUUAUCUAUAGUAUAUAUACAGUAUGACUCACCACCUGGAUUUGGAUCCUGUGUAGCAGAAGUUGAAUUUCUGAGACUCAGAGCUACAAAAUGGAAUAUAAUACACUGCAUUUGAGGAACACUGGGAAAGUAAUUCUGCUUUGAAAGUUGAUAAACGUGUAAACUCACUCUUGAGAAAAUGGCAUUUUAGUGUUUUAUGAGAGAGCUCUUCUUUGUCUACACCCAUUCAGCAUCAUUCACACCCUCUUAAGCUUUAGCUCCACCCAUCUCCUUGAGUUCAGAGCGGACAAUUGAUGCUCUGGCCAAUGAUUUGUUUACCUCUGGAUAACAUGAAAACAGCCAAACCAGCUCUGAUGGCAACAAUUUUACUAUGCUUUUUUACAGAUGUUUACUGGCACCGGCCAUAUUCAACAGGUGUUGUACACUUUAGCUUAAGACAUGUAGCUAGCUACCUAGGUAAACAAUUAACCUAGCUAGGUAAACAAUAUGUAAGAUCACACACAUCACGUCACGUCACCUAACAUCAGCUAGGGAGCCAGCCAGCUAACGCUAGCUAACAGUACACUUUAGCUUGAAAUGAAACCACUUUCUGUCAGAAUUAGAAACGUGUAAUAUCUGAAAAUGUAGCUAGCGGGACUAUCUUACCCAUAAACAUCAUCAUGCAUGAUGCCACAAAUGCCCUUAGUUUGAAGAUGUAAUCCAGGAAACAGGUGUUUCACAUCGCUUUAGCUAUCAUACUCUAAUUCCACUGGUUUCAAAACUCGAUCCUCCAGAAAGUGGAAAGCAAAAAAGCCACGUUCGACAGGAUUACCAACACAGACUGACCAGCUCAAAUAGACAAAGCCUUCUAUAUGGCAGACCAAUCCGAACUCAUAUCUCGGCAUGUCAAGCACACUCAUUAUCUCAGCCAAUCAUGGCUAGUGGGAAGAUUGCUAUCUUUUUAUAUGGCUUAACCAACAAGGCUUGUAAUUUAACCAUUUUAUUUGUAUUUACAGAUGGCAUACAAGUUUGUUAUUAAGGCACAUGAAAGUUCACAUGUUCAAGAAGGCAUUUCUGCCAAAAACGCAUUUUGGUUUAAUAAAAAUGUUUUACGUUCAAACAGCUCUCCUGUGAAGUUGUGACUUGCAACAUACGCUUAGUUUCCUGAAUCGGGUCACAUAUUAUCGAAAAAGAGGGUUACGAAUCAACUGUCAAAAUUAUGUUCAAUUGUAGCCUGGGGUGGUCUAGCGGUCAGGGCUAUGCAAAUAUAGUUUGAUUCUGGCCCACUCCCUUCUAGCAAAUAACAAACAUUAAAACAGGUUAAUAUGCCCCACCAACAUUAAACAACUAUACAGAGUGCCCUUAAAGUGUUGAAAUAAGUAAAUAAAAUCAAUGAUGAGAGAAUAGUCAAAUUAACUGUUACAUGGUGGUGUAGAAGGAAGACCUGAAAGCCAUGAACCAAGAGGUUGUGAGUUCAAAUCCCAGGUGUUUGAUAAUAAUUACUGUAUAAAUGAACAUGCACAAUAUAAUCAGGUAUGUCCAAUACAGUGCUUUCAGAAAGUAUUCAGACCCCUUGGCUAUUUCCACAUUUGUUGUGUUACAAAAUGGGAUUAAAUUGUCAUUUUCUGUCAAUGAACUACAUAAAAUACUAUAAUGUCAAAGUGUAAAAAAAAUAUAACACUAUAUCUUGAUUUAAUACAUCUUUGAAUCACUUUUUUCAUUGAUUACAGCUGUAAGUCUUUUGGGGGUAAAUCUCUAAGAGCUUUCAACACCUGGAUUGUGCAACAUUUGCCCAUUAUUCUUUUCAAAAUUCUUCAAGGUCUGUCAAGUUGGUUGUUGAUCAUUGCUAGACAACCAUUUUCAGUUCUUGCCAUUAAUUUUCAAGCAAGUAAAAACUGUAACUCGGCCACUCAGGAACAUUCACUGUCUUUUUGGUAAGCAACUCCAGUGUGGAUUUGGCCUUGAGUUUUAGGUUAUUGUCCUACUGAAAGGUAAAUUCAUCUCCCAGUGUCUGGUGGAAAGCAGACUGAACCAGGUUUUCCUGUAGGAUUUAGCCUGUGCUUAGCUCCAUUACGAUUUAAAAAAAAUAUCCAAAAAAACUCCCCAGUCCUUAACGAUUCAAAUCAUACCCAUAACACGAUGCAGCCACCACUAUGCUUGAAAGUAUGGAGAGUGGUACUCACUAAUGUGUUGUAUUGGAUUCGCCCCAAAUUGCUUUGCUACACUUUUUGCAGUAUUCAUUUAGUGCCUUGUUGCAAACAGGAGGCAUGUUUUGGAAUAUUUGUAUUCUGUACAAGCUUCCUUCUUUUCAAUUAGGUUAGUAUUGUGGAGUAACUACAAUGAUGUUGACCCAUCCUCAGUUUUUCUAUCACAGUCAUUAAACUCUUUGACUGUUUUAAAGUCACCAUUGGCCUCAUGGUGAAAUCCCUGAGUGAUUUCUUUUCUCUCUGGCAACUGUGUUUGGAAGGACGCCUGUAUCUUUGCAGUGACUGGGUGUAUUGAUACACCAUCCAAAGUGUAAUUAAUAACUUCUCCAUGAUCAAAGGGAUAUUCAAUAUCUGCUUUUUAUUUUUAUUCAUCUAGCAAUAAGUGCCCUUUGCGAGGCAUUGGAAAACCUCCCUGGUCUUUGUGUUUGAAAUUCACUGCUCGACCGAGAGACCUUACAAUAAUCUGUAUCUGUGGGGUACCGACAUGAGGUAGCCAUUAAAAAAAUCUUGUUAAACACAUAGAGAGUCCAUGCAACUUAUUAUAUUUGUACUCCUGAGCUGAUUUAGGCUUCCCAUAACAAAGGGGUUGAAUACUUAUUGAUUCAAGGCAUUUCAGCUUUUCAUUUUUUAUUAAUUUGUAAACAUUCCGAAAAACAUAAUUCCACUUUAACAUUGUGGGGUAUUGUGUGUAGGCCAGUGACAAAACAUCUCAAUAUAAUACAUUUUAAAUUCAGGCUGUAACACAACAAGAUGUGGAAAAUUCAAGGUGUGUGAAUACUUUCUGAAGGCAUUGUCUGCAAGCUAACCUUGCCAACAGACAAAAAGAGCUGUGGAUCAGUGGUUCACCAAUCAGGGCCUUUGAUGGGCUUGGGACCAUCAGGCGACGUGCUGACAACAGAUACACAGAAAUGUUCUUGCAACGUUCCCAUGAAACGUGUCUUGAACAUAAAUACCUUAUAUUCUGAGAACAUGGCAACCAUGUUCUGUGUAUGUUUGGUGGGACGUUGAUAGAAUAUUCUUCUACACCAGAGAAAACUGGACACAUGAAUGUUCUUGCAACCUUCCCUUGAAACACGUCUAGAACAUUCAUAUCCUAAGUUCUGAGAAGAUGUUAACCACGUUCCAAGUUCUAUUUGACAUUAAGGGAAUGGUCUCUUGGAAACGCUCCUUGCAAAUCACAGGAACAUUCCUAUGAAAACUUCAGUUAAUGACAUAAUGAGACACUUAAGGGAACAUUCUCUAAAGUUGUGGGAGCGUUUGUUGUUAGCUGGAUCAAUCCCCUGAAUGACUUGAUUUUACACAUUUCAAAAAUGAACAGUCCAUGGAUAUUUUAUCCCGAUCUUGAUAAAAAAUGACCAUACCAGAUGUUUUUAUUUUAAAGACAGUUGUAUUUAAUGGAUAACAUAAAUAGAAAACAGCUAAAAUAAUAAUUGGCUAAACCAACAUUAGUUUUUAUUCAAACAAAGUGUCUGGUAAAUUGCCACAGUAAAUUUGCUGUGGUAAACGAGGAAAUAUGUUAUUUAUAUUGUACUGAAUUCUUUUCAAAUAGAUAAAUCGCCCUUAGUCUUCAAAAAGGAUUACAUUGUUCCAAUGAUAAUACCAACCAGAGGGGAACAUAUCUUGAAAGACUUUGGUUUUGUUGAGCUGAGACACUUUUCUUUGAUGUGUAAAUUAUCAGACUAUUUGUUUUACUUCUUGAAAACAUUGAAAGAAAUGCAAUAAACUUGUGGGCCUAAUGUAGAUAUAGACUAUCUAAAUUAAUUGACAAAUUUACGAUGGCAGUCCCACUCCAUUUGUAAUUUUGUAGCUUUUAUUGAAAAGAUGAACAGGGUCUGAAAAGGGGAAGAUAUUAGAAGGCAUAUCCGUGGAAAGUAGGGGUGAUGACGGUGCUGCAGCUUCCCCUGAUAAAAAAUACAUAAAACAAAUCAAUACCAAUAUUAUAAUAUAUAUUAUUAUUUUUACAAAUAAAAUAGCAAAUUCACCAAAUUAAUGUACUAGGCCUUUAUUAUUACUCCUGUAUGAGCUGAGAAAAAUACUCACCAGCAGAGAGGGAAAAAAAAUCUCCCUAAUGGAAAAUAAAUCUACCCCCUACAAAGAUGUACAUUUAUUAUAAUUCACAUAAGAAUUCACACCAGAUGCACGGUUACCUGCACAUAGUCUACAUAGGCUGCUUGAACCAGAGCCCCGUGGAACUGCAGUCUAAGGUACACUGCAUGACCAAAAGUAUGUGGACACCUGCUCGUCGAACAUCUCAUUCCAAAAUCAUGGCCAUUAAUAUGGAGUUGGUCCCCCCUUUGCUGCUAUAACAGCCUCCACUCUUCCGGGAAGGCUUUCCACUAGAUGUUUGAGCAUUGCUGCAGGGACUUGCUUCCAUUCAGCCCCAAGAGCAUUAGUGAGGUUGGGCACUGAUGUUGGGUGAUUAAGCCUGGCUCACAGUCGGCAUUCCAAUUCAUCCCAAAAGUGUUCGGUGGGGUUGAGGUCAGGUCUCUGUGCAGGCCAGUCAAGUUCUUUCACACCAAUCUCGACAAACCAUUUCUGUAUGGACCUCGCUUUGUGCAUGGGGGCAUUGUCAUGCAGAAACAGGAAAGGGCCUUCCCCAAACUGCCACAAAGUUGGAAGCACAGAACCGUCUAGAAUGGCAUUGUAUGCUGUAGCGUUAAGAUUUCCCUUCACUGGAACUAAGGGGCCUAGCUAGAAGUAUAAAAAAACAGCCCCAGACCAUUAUUCCUCCUCCACCAAACUUUACAGUUGGCACUAUGCAUUCGGUCAGGUAGUGUUCUCCUGGCAUCUGCCAAACCCAGAUUCGUUCGUCGGACUGCCAGAUGGUGAAGCGUGACUCAUCACUCCAGAGAAUGCGUUUCCACUGCUCCUGAGCAAAAAACGACGAGCUUUACACCACUCCAGCCGAUGCUUGGCAUUGCGUAUGGUGAUCUUAGGCUUGUAUGCGACUGCUCGGCCAUGGAAACACAUUUCAUGACGCUGCCGACAUAUAGUUAUUGAGCUGACGUUGCUUCCAGAGGCAGUUCGGAACUCAGGAGUGAGUGUUGCAACCGAGGACAGAAGCACUAUUUCUUACACGUUAUGCGCUUCAGCACUCAGCGGUCCCAUUCUGUGAGCUUGUGUGGCCUACCACUUUGUGGCUGAGCCGUUGUUGCUCCUUAACAUUUCCACUUCACAAUAACAGUUGACCCGGGCAACUCUAACAGGAGGCCAUUCUACUGACAGUGUUUGUAUAUGGAGAUUGCAUGGCUGUGUGCUCGAUUUCAUACACCUGUCAUCAACGGGUGUGGCUAAAAUAACCAAAUCCACUAAGUCCACAUACUUUUUUAUUUAUAGUGUACAAUGUAGGUACGGUACGGUACUACAUUGUAUACAAACACAGCUUCCAGCUGCCCCCUGGUGGCAAUUCUAAAUAUUUCUUCAACUAUUCAAAUCAUCCUGUUUAAGGAUUAUUUUCCUCCUAGGAUGAAAUGGGUCAAAUUAAGAUCAGACAUCUGUAUGCUUUGACUUUUAUUUGCUUUGCUGAAACUAAAUACCCCAAAAAAGAGUCAUAUUAUACAAACCACGUUCAAAAACACGAGCUCAGACAGUUGACUGUCAGUGGGGAGGUGAACGAAGAGGUUAUCCUUGACAAACUUGACAUUCAGUAUUUUGUUUUUUGUUUUGUUGUUGAUUGAUCUGGUGCAGGAGCAGGUCCUGUGUUGUGAACCAGGAGAGUGUCGACAGGGCAGGUAUGGGGCCCAGGUCACAUGUUCAUUAGUGCCAGUCACUCUCAUCCCGCUCUAUAUCAUACCAUCCUGCCCAGCAUGGGCUGAGGCUGGACGCACAUUACUCCCUGCUGAAACACAAAUGCCAGUCUCAGUGCCCCCCUGCAGAGAUAGAGGGAGACAGAGGGUGGAGGGGAGGGAGGUUGAGGAGUGGGACAGUAGGGGUCCUGUGUUUUUUUGUGUGUGGUUGUCAGAAAAGAAAGGAGAAAGAGAGAGGGAGAUGAGAUUUAUUGGAUUUGUUGCUAAUUGUGUUACUAUAAUUAAGUGGAGAACUCAGGCUAGAACUAGGAAUUAGAACCCUGUUGCUACCUGAAGCUCCAGGCUUAGUUCUGAUCAUAGAAAUAGAAUCCUAUUCUAUUUCUAUGGUUCUGAUUUGAUUUCUAUGGUUUUGAUUCUGACUCAUGUUCUGUCAGAGCUGACAUCACAGCAUUACAAUGUCAAUAAUCCCCUGGUUGUGACAUCGUUAAAAAGUGGCUUGAAAAACAUCGCAGGAUACUGGAAUCCCCAUAUGCCAAAUGACAGCUCUCAAAAUGUUCAUUAAAAUGAAUACAGCAAAGCACUUUUUACACCAGUAUGUGUUGACCACAGCAAUUGACGUUGCCAAUUUUGAGUUAACACUGUAGAUCCUACUAUUAAUUGUAUUUGCACAGUAUCAGAUGGAAUGGAAACCAAAUGAAUCACUAAGAUGCAGCAAUAAUUCAAUAAUUAAUUCAACUGACUCUUUUGUAGAGUGGCUCAGAGCUACCACCUAGUGGUCACUGAUAGUUUAAGGCACUUCUGAGAGAGUCUAUCGUAUUCAUUUGUUAGGUGCUUAUACUUGUCCUAUUGUGUACUUGUGAAUAGGAAAGGUAUCUUUUUGCAUAUUCCAACUCCCCCUGAAAUACCCGCAGAGAGUGGAGUCACAGUAUAAGGAUAUUACAGAUCAACAUGAUUCCCUGGUAGAUAUGUGUUCAGUUGAUAUGCCUGCUGUACUGUGAGGUGAGGUUGACUCUGGCCCAAACUAUACUGGUUAAGAUGGGGACUGGUGUGUGGCCUUACAAUCCCUCACUUUGCAAAGCCAUGUCUGUCAGUGUAGCUAGGGAUGUAUUUGUGUGCCACAGUUAGUUGUGCGUCUCUGUAGGCCCCGUUGGUUAGACCUUGUCUUGUACAGUGACAAGAGUUAGCAUGCUGGGACUUAUAUUAUACAAUCCUUGUUUUUUGGUGUUUGAUUAUAAUGUUAUGUUAACUAUGAUUCGUCGCUGUCCACUAAAGCUAUGUCAAACUAUAUAUCUCCAUCAGCGUAAUAUGCAUUUAACUUGUGUCACUUAACAUUUCCCUUUUGAGCAACAUAUUUCCCCUCAAACCGAGAAUGCUAAAUGUUUCGUACCAUGGGAUUUAGUUAGUGUUUAGAACAACAUAUGUGAAUAGAUAAAUUCAUGUAAAUGGUAUCUCAAUGAAGAUGUAUAAUGCAACUGAUGUGAUUUGAAUGUCCAUCCAUUGUAAUAUGAACAUCAACUGAAGAGCUUGUUACAGUAAUAUGCUAGAAUUUGGAGGUUCACUUUUUCUAUUUCUAUGUCAUGAUUGCAAACGAUACACAUAGUACAUACACAUAGUGUUCCUGUCAAAGAGGUUAUGCAUUUGUCAAUGUCCUGUUCUGUUAUUAUCAAAUGUACAGUAUUUCAACCAAGGACAGCUAACUAAUUUGAAUAACUUUAGUUUGCCAUAUUGGAUAUUCAUCAUUUUGAUUGUAUUUUAGCAGUUAUUACAUGUUUAUAGGCUACAGAAGGUGGGAGAAAACUCCAAACGUAUUUGUAUAGAUUGUGCAGUGAGUGUUAACUAUCGGGUGAUUUUAAAUGAGGAGAGAGCCCUUAGUAAUGCAAAAUGCAACAUGAAUGCUUAUAAAAGGAAUCUUUUUUUCACAUAUUAUGUCUAUGAAUUGACGGUUUGGUUCUUGUGUUGAGAUUCACACUGUCAGCCAAUGUCUUGAAACCCAUUCCAGUGGUUUUUGGCUUCACAUACCAUAAAGCUGUGAUUCAAUCCGAUCGCGGGUUAUAGGCAUUGCGGUUUUAAAAGGCGUUCACAAAGAUCCCAUUCACAGUAAACGCUGCAUACGUCGGCUCAAUGGAGAAUUGCCUUUCAAAUCUGCGAUGCCUAUCACCCUCGAUUGACUUCAAUCGCAGCCUAACUCGGCUUUAUGUGAACGCAUCAGGUUACAUUAAAGCUCUUCAAACAAA